AUGGCCCCGCAACCUCCCCCACUGAUGCACAUUUUCCAAGGUGCGAGCGAGGUUUCCAUCGGCUCGUCUACCAUCAACAACCUCGCAAGUGGUGAUCAAGUCGUGCACAAUUACGGCGAUACCAACUUCAACAAAGAUUCAUACAACACGGGAUAUACAAAUAACUAUGAUUCCUAUAACCAUGUCUAUAACAAUCAUCGUCGAAAUAAAGUGACCAAGACUGAUAAAAGGAAACUAUCAAAUACUGCAAACUUCUAUGGUAGUGGACCAACUCGGGAAUCCGGUGACGCACCCUCUUCUCGUCGCAGGGAGGAGUACACAGACUCGGUCGAACAGCCUUGGGCUACUCCACCACGUUCUGCACCUCCUGCCAGAACUAGGACGAUAACGGAGCAGCCCCACAACGAAACUCUAUCCGCAGAUGAUUUCCCAUUUCAAAAUGGCGCGAAUGGGUUAGGAGGGCCCAGGAAAAGUCCUCUGCCGGAGGAACAGGAGUAUGAGUAUGCAGGAUAUCCUCAACAACCUCCUAGGAUGAAUGCCACCCGGGCUCGAACGCCUUCAGAUGAUUGGGAGGUCAAUACGGCGAAAUAUCAUAAGCAAGCUGAAAUGAAUACCAAUCCGAACUAUCCCAUGUAUUCACCCCGGCCACAAUUGCCUCAUCCAGACAUGACCGAUCCAAAUAUGCCACCUGGGCCGCCUUCGUAUAACCCACCCUACUCGUACGGAUACCUUCAACCCCCGCACGGUGCUCCGCGAAACCAUCCUCCACCUUUUUCAGCACCCCAUCCGAACGAAAGCUACUACCUACCCCGACGCUCUCCGAAUGGGUACAGUUCGAACCAGUACGAGCCUCAGCAUCAUCAAUACGCUCAGGACGAAAGUCAUUUCCCACCCCGACGUUCUCCGAAUCGGCACAGUCCGAAUGAAAACCAGCCUCCUUAUCAUCAAUACGCUCAGCACCCUCCGUAUCAAUAUUCUUCCUCUCCCCAAAGUGACCCGGACACCUCGGGGCCUCCAUCAACCCAGCCAGGGUCACACCCAGAUUCUCAGCCAUCGUUGACUGGACCAAGAAAUCCUUACAAUAACCCAUUCUACAAUCGGAGUGUAGAUAAUGCAUCCGCUCCUCCGAGUUCUACCGCUGCUACUUCUCCUCCAGCGGGUUUCAUGGCUGUCGACUCGAACUGA